CAAAGUUCAUAUUAAUUGCAAACUAAGGAUCAUUAAAUAAUAAAAAUAAAAACACUUAAUAUUAUCCUCCUCAAGUUUAUAGCUUUAUUGCUUAACUUACAUUUGGUAAACAGAGACAUGGCCCUCAUUCCGGCUGUUACCCGACUCACCUCUUCCGUCAUCCGGAUUCUGGGCUGCAAUCCCAGUCCCAUGACGCUCCAGGGCACCAACACCUACCUGCUGGGCAGCGGCAGGCGGAGAAUCCUGGUCGACACCGGCGACGAGGACGUGCCGCAAUACAUUGAGCAUUUGGGAGACGUGCUGCAGCAGGAAAAGGCCUCCAUCGACACUAUUUUGCUGACCCACUGGCACCACGACCAUGUUGGCGGCGUCAAGAGCAUUGUGGGCACCAAGCUGGCCGACAAGGAUUGCCGCGUGUUCAAGUUCGGCCGCACGGAUGCCCAGGACGUGUGUCCCGAGAUCCCGGCGCACAUCAAACUCCAUCCGCUGGCCCACAACCAGGAGUUCGCCACCGAGGGAGCGAGUGUGCGGGUGGUGCACACGCCGGGACACACCACCGACCAUGUGGUGCUAACCAUGAGCGAGGGCACGCUCUUCAGCGGCGACUGCAUCCUGGGCGAGGGCACCGCCGUCUUCGAGGAUUUGUUCGAGUACAUGAAGAGUCUGGACAAGAUACUGGCCAUCAAGCCGCAGCGCAUCUUUCCGGGACACGGCAAUGUCAUCGAGGAGCCGAUUGGCAAGAUUGAGUACUACAUAAGCCAUCGCAAUCAGCGCGAGCAGCAAAUCCUGCAGUUCUUCGUCCAGCGACCUAGUGAUAGGUGGCAGGCGAUGGACGUGGUGCGCGAGGUGUACAAGGAGACGCCGGAAAACCUCUGGCCCGCCGCCGCCUACAAUGUGAAUCACCACCUCAGCAAGUUGGCGAAGGAAGGGAAGCUGCGGAUGUCCAAGUCGGAGGAUGAAGAGUUCUAUGUCUACCAGCCAACCAGUGCGCUCUAGUUUGGGUGACUUUCAGAAUUAAUUUUUUAUGAGCUCAUUUAUGUAAAUAACUAUCUCUGUUUGUUGAAAAAUGUUUAUUACAAAAAUAAUAAUGUUUUAAAUAA